AUAAUACCCUCUGUGCUCUCUCUGUCUUUUCUUGGGACUCGGAAACUAUGUCGGCCGUAAUUCUUCCCCGCUCGAUUCUCGAUACGGAUCUCUAUAAGUUGACCAUGCAAUAUGCUGUGAUGAAGCAUUUCCCGAACACCCAAUCGACUUACCGCUUCACCCAUCGUUCCAAAGACGUUCCUUUUUCCCGAACCUGUGCCGAUGAAUUCGCACGAUCCGUGGCCCACUUUGACCGGCUGGUCCUGACGCAAGAAGAGCGGGAUUGGCUGAGGAAGACUUGCCCCUAUUUCUCCGAAGAGUACCUCGAAUACCUCUCCAACUACCGGUUCGACCCGUCCCAGGUGCACAUUAAGUUCAUAGUGGAGAGGACUGAGGGGGAUGAAGAGUAUGGUAAUAUAGACAUCGAAGCUGUCGGUCCGUGGAUCGAGGCGAUAUUUUGGGAGGUGCCGCUCAUGUCCACGCUGAGCGAGAUUUACUUCACGACUGUCGAUACGGACUGGAACCUGGACGGACAACGCGAGUUGGCAUACGACAAGGCCAAGCGGUUGCUUGAAGCUGGGUGUGUGUUCAGCGAGUUUGGGACGAGAAGACGGAGAUCGUUCGAUGUCCAGAACCUUGUGGUCGAGGAAAUUCUACGGGCUGAGCGCGAUCUGCCAAAUGCGAAGGGCAAAGCGUCCGGGACCAGCAAUGUAUAUCUAGCCAUGAAGCAUAAUACGAGCCCGAUGGGAACCAUCGCACAUGAAUGGUUUAUGGGCGUCGGUGCCAUGAAAGGCUAUGAACAUGCCAAUGCUUUGGCCAUGGAACUCUGGGAGUCUGUCUACCCCAAUGCUCUCCUCCUCGCCCUCACGGAUACCUUCUCCACAAAAGCAUUCUUCCAAGACUUUAAAGGAAAUGUUGACCGUGCGAGGCACUGGAAGGGCCUGCGUCAAGAUUCCGGAGAUCCUUUCGCUUUUGCACCGGCCGCGAAGGAGGUCUACACGAGUAUGGGAAUCGAUGUCAGCGAAAAGACGAUCAUCUACUCGGACGCGUUAGAUCUGGAAAAAGCAUUGAAGUUGAAAAAACAAUGUGAUGAAGUCGGGUUCAUGCCUUCGUUCGGAAUUGGAACGUUCCUUACGAACGACUUUGCGAAGGCUUCGACAGGAGGAAAGGAGAAGUCAAAGGCUCUGAAUAUGGUCAUCAAACUUGCCUCCAUCGAAGGCAAGCCAUGCGUGAAGAUCAGCGAUGAUCUCAUGAAGAAUACCGGGGAUAAGGAGACGGUCCUCAUGGUGAAGGAUAUUUUCGGCCUGCCGAAGUAGGGCUGUCGUGACCUCUGGGUGUGGGGUAACCGAGUUAUACGUGGUUAGACGGUGCUGAUAGACAUGAAGACCAACUACGAGAAGAAUGUAAUUCCCAAAGGGCUUGUACCGGGGCCGCUUGUCGACGCCUUUUGACGGAGGAAGUCACCCGUCGUCAAGCUCAGCCUCGUAUUGAAGCAUACGGUUGUGGGUGACUGGACUCGGCCGUCACCAGUGGCGCCAGGCGCAUUUACCCUCAGGGUCGGUGC